AUGGCUAUUGAUUCGGGGGCAGUAGUAUCAGUGAUGCCUGAGGAUGUUUUCUUCCGGCUUUACCAGGGGCGAGUGCCUAAGCUAAGGGAGAGUAAAAUGAGAUUGAAGACUUAUACUGGUCAAUGUAUUGAAGUUUUGGGAGAGUUUCAGGCAAAUGUUUCGGCUGGAGAUGAGUCGCAUGUUCUGCCGCUGGUGGUUGUACGGAAUGAGCAACCAAAUCAACCUUCGCUUUUGGGGCGAAACUGGUUGGCGAGACUUAAGUUAAACUGGAGGGAGAUCAUGAGGAACUGGCAACCAAAGAGUGGGACUGUCAUGCAGCUUGAAGGUAGGAAUGUUCCAUAUACAUCUACUUCUAGUGUUGAGGAUUUAAAAUCAAGAUUUCCUACUGUUUUUGAGCCUGGUAUAGGAACAAUUAGAGAUAUUAAAGUAAACCUAGUGUUGAAAGAAAAUGCCAAUCCGGUCUUUUGCAAGGCUCGUAACGUACCAUAUGCGCUGCAGGAUGCGCUUGAGAAAGAAAUCGAUAACUUAAUCAGGAAUGAAGUGAUGUAUCCUGUGACCCAAACUAAUUGGGCCACUCCUGUUGUUUUGGUUGAAAAGGGUAACAACUCUAUUAGAAUUUGUGGUGACUUUAAACAGACAAUUAAUCCUCAGUUACGCACAGAUUAUUAUCCACUCCCUACUCCAGAUGAGAUUUUUGCUAAAAUUGCUGGUUCAAAAUUGUUCUCAAAAAUUGAUUUGUCAGCUGCAUAUAAUCAACUUAGAGUAGACGAAAACUCUCAGGAGCUUCUAACGAUUAAUACGACUAAAGGUUUAUUUCGUUAUUCUCGCCUCCCUUUCGGAGUGACAAGCGCUGGGGCCAUUUUCCAAUCCGUCAUGGACAAGAUUUUGAAUGGGUUGGAUAGAACAUUUUGCUAUCUAGAUGACAUUUUGAUUGUGGCUCAAACUCAUGAGGAAAUGCACCGAAAUGUGGUUGCAGUAUUGUCGAGACUAGAGCAUUAUGGGGUAAAAAUAAACCCAGCUAAGAGUGAAUUUUUUAAGGAUAGCCUAAUUUUCUUAGGGCAUAGGCUAAGUGAAAAUAAAAUACAGCCUAGUGAAGAACUGUCUAAAGCUAUUGUUAGUGCUCCCAGGCCAGAAAAUUUGACACAGCUACGAUCCUACCUGGGGUUGAUCAAUUAUUAUAGUAAAUACCUCAACAACUUGUCUAAUUUGCUUCAACCAUUGUAUGGUCUGCUAAACAAGGGGGUCAAAUGGGGUUGGUCUGAACAGUGUGAGGAAGCGUUCCAGAAGAGUAAGGAGAUUUGUUAG